UAUAAGUAUACACACACAACGACACCAUGGCAAAAUCUUUGCUACAUUUCGUGAAUGAUAAAUCGCGAUUGAUUUAGUCGUGAUAUUUCAUAUUUUAUAAAUGUCUCUAAUGAAUAUUGUGACGUGCUUUGACUAUCUCUAUUUACUUUUUUAUGUGACUUAAGACCGCUCUUUGUUAACCGAGUAAUUGAUAUUUCACAAUUUUAUGAUUAGUGUAUCUAACCUAAAAUUUUUAUAAAAAUGGAAAGAGAAAAAGAUAAAUCAGAUGUGAAAAGUCAUAAACAAUCAUUAAGAAAUGAUAUGCCAAAGUUGAUUUCUCCAGAAACUCGAUUACAGCACUGCUUUGACACUGGGAAAAAGUUUUCCUUUGAAGUGAAUAAUUCGAUCAUGAGAUAUUAUCGAUCAGGAAAAGAAUUAAUUCGACAAGCAGAUGUAUACACAAAAGAGGGAGAUUUGGAGAAAGGAUAUAUUCUAUAUAUAAGAUGUUUAACAAUUUUUCUGGAAAAAUUAGAAACUCAUCCCGAGUACCAUACGAUCCCAGCUAAUGAUAAAGAUCAUAUAAAGAACACUUUGAAAGAAAUAUUUCCAAAGACUGAAGCUCUGAAGAAAAAACUUUUGGAACAAUAUAAACAUGAAUAUGCAAAACAAAAACAGGAGUAUGAAGAACAAGAAAGAAUAGAACUCGAAAGGCUUAGACAAGAGCAACAAAGACUGAAAGAAGAAGAAGAAGAACGAGCACUACAAUUAAAUUCUUCAGCACACUCAGGAGCUCUUAAACUCGGAGUAGCUGCUGGAGCAUUAACAUCUGCAGAUGAAUUCAGAUUGAAACGUCAUGUUAUACCCCCUAAAACAUAUGUACCGUCUCAAUACGAUGAGCAAGCCCAAUCUUCGAAAGAUAGAAAAGUACCAUCCGUUGAUCGCUCGACUAAACCAACAUCGCUGACAUCAGGUGACAGACUUAGAGACAUAGUAGUACCAAGCAAAUUAAUGCAAAAUUUCUUGAAAUUGGCCUUCAGUAAUACCUCUAAUAAUAUUGAAACCUGCGGGAUAUUGGCUGGAAGAUUAGAAAGAAACAGAUUACUAGUAACCCAUUUCUUGAUACCAAAGCAAACUGGUUCUCCCGACUCUUGCGUCACACACAAUGAAGAGGACAUCUUUGAUUUUCAAGAUCAACAUAAUUUGAUUACUCUUGGAUGGAUCCAUACACAUCCAACACAAACGGCGUUUCUAUCCAGCGUAGAUCUGCAUACUCACUGUGCUUACCAACUUAUGAUGGCUGAAGCAAUUGCAAUAGUUUGUGCUCCAAAAUAUGAUGAGACCGGCUUUUUCCACUUGACACCAGAUUAUGGUUUGAACUAUAUAGCUAAUUGCAGAGAAACUGGUUUUCAUCCGCACCCUUCUGAACCACCAUUAUUCACUGUAAGACAUAAAUGCAAUCAUACUUCAGAACUUACAUAUAGCUUGACUGCAAAACAUUUUAUAUUGGACCCUCUGGCACCUAUAGAAGCUGUUGAUUUACGAAGAAAAUGAUAUGGCACAGUUAGUGAUAAAGAUAUUUUAAACACUCGAAAAAUUGUUAAAAUACAAUUCAAAAGUGAUACUUUUUUCGAUUGAAUUCUGGUGCUAAAAAAAGAUUUUUCAAAUAAUUUUUUAACCAUUUUGUAAAAAUGUUAACUCUUACAAGUGCAUCAAACAGACUUAUAAUUAGUAGCAUAUAAGACUUUUUAUUUUAUAAAAAAUUAUUUUUUAUAAUCGAAAAAGGAUUUCUACAAAAGGGCAAAAAUUACUUGAAAAAUCUAUUUAUAUUUACCAGAAGAACUUUUUAUUGUAAUUUCAAAGUGGAGAAGUAUUUAAUCAUUUAUUAAAGAGUAAAAUAUACAUAUAGAUAUAAAUAUUAUUAGAUUUAUAUAAUUCUAAGUGCACAAUGUACAUACAAAAAUUGCAUUGCACUAAAACACGAAGAAAACUGUGUUUUCGAUGCUUUGAGCAUUUUAUUAUUUUUGUGAAAAUUUAAUCUGGAAUUGUAUAUAUUUUAUUUAAAUUUGUAAUUCUUUACACAUAUAUAGACACUUGCUAUACAGAUGCAUUUCUUAGCAAAAUCAUGAAUUAAUACGAGUACGAUAGGAUAAAAAUACGCUGUUUUAUAUUAUUUAUUGUAAUUUAUGCAGUAAUUAUCCGAAUUGUAUGAAACUGUAUUUAAUUUUACUUAGCGAGGAAAGUGAGAUUGUAAUUUUUCCCGUAUUGUUUGAGUGAUAUUAACACUAUACGACGAUAUUUCAGUCAUCAAAUUAGGCACUGAAUAUAAUCAAUUUCAAGAAAAUCUAUAUAAGCAUCGCAAUCAUCAUUAAAUUAAAAUAAUGCGAAAAAAGCUUUUAUACAACUAUUCAAAGCUCUUAAAAAAUGUGUCCUAUGAAAUCCAGUUAUUAUAGAUUAUUGCAAUAGUGCGUAAAGCAAAUUUAAAUGUACCGUCUUUUUUGUUGAUUCUUUUUUUUUUGCAGAAGAUUACUGUGCCUUUGAAAUAAAUGAUCAUGUAUGUAUUUCUUUAUAUAUAUAUAAUAGAUCCACUGUGAAAAUGUUUAAGUCUGCUCUGUAAAUGUCAAUUAUUUAGUUUUAGAAAAACACAUGUCGGUGAUCAAAAGGCUUAAUUCCUAGUCUAAUAUUACUUAUCUCUUACAUUACAUGUACCUUUUUUUAUGAUCACAUAGUCGAAUAAAAAAAUUAUACUGUUUGUA